AUGUUGCGCGUGUGCGAGACACUUCCGGUGCUGAUUUGCACAGCGUGUUUGAUAUUCUGCUGCAAUGCUUGUUCGCCGGAUAUUGGACAGCCACUGGACUUGGAUAAGUUUUCAGGGGAGUGGUAUUUCGCAGCUGGGACCCCGAUAAACCAAAGUUUGAGCAGAUGCGGUCGAUUCCUCGUGAAGAAGACGUCGGAGAACGCGUUUGCCAUCAAAUACACGGCGAUUAGCCAUAAAAACAAUAUUCCGAUCACUUUCUACGUGGACGGGACCGUGGAUGGAAACGAAGUCACUGGAACGUGGCAAUUGCAGGGAUCGAAACGGAAACUAGGACCUUUCAAGCACGUCAUAGUAUUCGCAAACUACAGAACCGUCCUCGCUAUGGCAGUUUGCUCAGAGGGUACGACGCUUCGCCAUCCGGAAUACAAGUUCUCUAUGAUUUGGUCCCGCGAGAGGAGCCUGCCCUCGCCGAUCUUGACGGAGCUUAAGUCCAAACUCGGAACAUACAUUAAUCAAGGAGAAAUUCGACUGGUGGAGCAUGGGAACUGUUAA